AUGCAUCUUUCAUCUGUGAACAAUGAGGACGUCCAGCACUUCACUCGGACACGGUGGGACACAUACAGAAACUAUUUAAAACAGUGGCUUUGUCUGCAAGACCAGAACAAGCAUCUGGCAGAAAUCUAUAAACAUUGCUCGGAUGUAGAUUUUGACGCUAUUCCUGACGACGCUGGGUUUCACGCAAAAUGCUACCGACGUUUUACAGAUAAAUCUGCAUUGUUUUAUGCCGAGAAAAGGACCGCACGGGCGGUGGGAGAACCAUCUGCAGCCGCAGGUUUGCCCGUUGCUUCUGCCGGCCCCGUCCUGCCAGCCAUCUGUAUAAUUUGUCAAAAAGUGGAAAAGUACACUCGUGUGGGAGGAAAACGCCAGAGGGAUCAACUCACACAAGCAGAAACCGUGUCGGCAGGCCAGUUGCUGAAGGCAGCUGAGAUUAAGAAAGAUGCUGCCAUUCUUCUGCACAUCAACGACAAAGACUGUGUUGCUAUAGAGGUCCGGUACCAUAGGACCUGUUACAGACAGUACACCAGGUUCUUGUCACUGUCUACAGCAACGCACACUGCAACCAGAGAUGAAGAAAUACAACCCUUUGCUGACAGCUACAACCUCUUCUGUGACCAAGUGAUCCGUCAAAGGAUUAUAAUUGACAAAGAGGUGCUGAGAAUGGACAAGCUAAGGAAGUUGUUCGUGGACACCGUUAAGAAGCACGAAGAUCUUGAUGCUUCAGGCUACAGGAGGGAUAAACUGAAAAGAAGGUUGGUCCGUGAUUUCCCCCAGCUGGUUUUCCACUGCCCUCCCCAGCGCAACGUCUCUGAAAUGGUUUUUGUGGAAAAAGUUUCUAUCUAAUGGGACCAACAAAGCAGCACUGGCAGAA